AUGUUAUCACCAUCCACCUUAGAUGAUAUCCUAUCACAACGAGAUGAAUUGGAGGCAUUGAUUGAUAGCCAACGCCAUAAUAUUGGCAGCCAAAGGAAUGACGCUUCCAUCACCAAAGUUCAAUCUAAAGCUAACUCUAAUCCUCAGUUCAAGGAAAUCAAAUCACAAUUAACGCUGAUAUUAAAGGUGUGCCAAGAGAGAAUAGCUCGUUUGGAUCAGAACCAGCAUCAUAAUAAUAAUGACCAAGAUGAUAACAUCACUCCUUUAUCACAAGAGUACUUGGAUUCUGGUUCAUUUUGCAAUACUAAUGACUCCAAUGGUAGUUGGAACUUUCAUGGAGCUACGAGUACUGGAGGGAUAGAUGAUUCGUUUGAACGGGAUAGAACUAUAAAUGAUACCUAUGAAGCUCUUACUAGAUCAGGAAAUCAUAUGAGCAUAGUAUUGGAUAAUCUUAAUGGAGAAUACCAUGAUAGACUAAAUGGAUAUCCUCCAAAGAUUGCUCAAAGUUUCGGGAAUAUAUUGGAAAGUCUUGCUGGUCUUGCUGACAAUGUACCUCCCACAUCUCAACCAGAACUACAAGAUUUGGCUCUACUGAUGAGGGUUACGAUGCAUGAGUUCUCACAUUAA